AUGUGUGGCCCUUUCAACCCGCUCCCCAUGUCCAUCGAAUCCCCAAUCUCAGGUCCUUCUCCCCUCACAACAAUAGUCAGCGAAGAGCUUCCCAACUCUGAUCUGUCUCAACUUGAAUAUAAGCCUCAAGUGCCAACGCCAUCAUCUGAAAUAUUUAAAAACCAAGAUCUUCUUGGUGUUGUACUCGAAUUCUUGGAGCAUGAUGAAUUUCUGGUGGCUACUCGGAAGAAUUUGCUUCUUGCAGCCCUGACCAGCAAGGCAUUUUUGGAGCCAGCCAUGAAUUCCCUUUGGUCUUCACUUGAUUCUCUCGCGCCCCUCCUGAAACUGUUACCGUCCUUUGUUCCUAUCGAUAAUGUCUACAUUUUCACUGGAGUAAUCGCAAAGGGACACUGGGAGCGAUUCGAUUACUACGCUCGCCGCGUCAAAUUUCUGGAUUCACUCACAUAUCGGGCUGGUAACAAUAGCAUCACGGUGUCCGACUAUGCUUACCUGCGUAUCGCGCAGGCUCGGUUGUCACAUUCAUCCUCUCCACUUUUUCCCGCACUGCGACGCCUUCGCAUUCCCGAUAUUCUCAUCCCUCCUAGCAAUAUCUUAUCCGCUGCAUUUCUCGUGUCCUCUCCAUCGCUGGAAUCUGUGGAGUUACAUUCCCAGGCAACAUCUGAUCCACAUUUCUUUGCAUCAUACCUCUCGUUUUUAGUUGCUGAAUUAGCCCCCACUCUUCGAUGCCUAAUUCUUCGUGGAAAUCCUCGCACGGAGUCGUUAACACUCUUAAGGCACCUACGCAAUAUUCGUACAUUGGAGAUUCGUUUCCCUGAGCUAAUCUUCUCUCCAGAUUUGUUUGGCACGCUCGCAAGUCUCGAAUAUCUAUCGGACCUUAUACUUGAUUCUGCCCCACCCUUGAUCUCACCAUUACGCAAAAAAAUCAUGGGAAUAGCAAGAGCCACAUCGGGAGUUCCAUUGUUGAAGCUCGACCAGCUCAACAAUUUACAGAUUACAGGAAGUCCAACUGCUCUCUACCAUGUUCUCGGCCAGCUUCAUGCACUCAGGCUGAAGUCAAUGGUCGUAAAGAUUCGAGGCGAGAAAACCGGUGAACCCUGUCCUUUCACGCCGUUGUCCUCGGAGUGCUUCAAGUGCAUUUCUCGUUCACCAUCCUUGUCGUCAAUUCGUAUCUCUGAAACCGAAAACUAUUCUGUUUUUCUCACCAUCUCCAACAUUCGUCCGAUUUUAGCACUGUCACAACUUGAAGAACUAGAUAUCAGCGUUUAUUCGAUGACCGGUGGUGAUAAGGUGAUUCAAGAACUAUCAUCCAACCUCCCCAUUUUGAAAACACUCAUUUUGCCUUCGAAAUGGAACCAACUUGGGUCCCUUCCGAAACAUCCUACCUUCCGUUCUCUCGGUAUCUUGGCUGACAACUGCCCCGAUCUCAUCCAACUCAAGCUUGCCAUCGAUCCACUGGCUUAUUUGCCAUCCUUCCGCAAUAAAACUGCUGCGGUUCGACAACGCUCCCACCCUCUGAAGACGCUCUACAUCGCAGAUGCCAACCCUAACGGGAAGCCUUUGACGACGACACAACUCGUCGCCAUUUCCCGCUAUACUGAUCAGAUAUUUCCCAACCUUGAACUUGUUGGACAUUAUGGAUCUGGUAACAAGUUUAAGACGGUAGACAAAGUCAGGGGCGCUUUCCAAGCCGUUCGACGCGACAUCUGUGGGUGUUUCGUUGAGAAAACUGCCCAACCCUCCUAUGUCUCCCAGGGGACCCAACCCUCCUAUGUCUCUCAAGCGACCCAAACCACAUAUAUCCCCGUGUGGCCGGGGAUACCGAUUUUACAUGAGGGAAACCGCUGA